CUCGGCCUCCACACCCCACGUCAACGCCAUCCUCAAGAUCUGCUUCGCGCGCCUCGUCAGGGCGUUUGCGUUGAUUUCAGGGACAUGCGACAUGUUGGGGAGGUUAAUGAACGGGAUAUAGAUGUUUGUGUUGGAGCUGGGGUUUUGGGUGUGUGGAAUUGAAGAGAUGGGUUGGAUGGGGUGGGGUUGUUUUUUCUGGUUGAUUCCCGGGGCUUGAGGCGAGGGUUGGGGGGAUAGGUCCGAAGGCACUCUAGGUACAGUCACAGAAGCGGUGCUGCGUCUAUCGCCUCUGCCACAUGUAGCGAUUGUAACGUUUGAAAGCACGCAUGCAGCUGUGCAGUCGGCGCUUGGCAUCAUGGGGUCCGGCGUGGUGUUUGAUGCGCUGGAGUUUGUGGAUCGCGCGAGUUUGCGGGCGGUGAAUUCUUCGGGGUUGUUUGGGCGUGAGCGGUGGGAUGAGGCUGAGACGCUGUUUUUGAGGUUCUCGGGUAAGGAGCAAGUGACGCAGACGCAUAUCUCCCUUGUAAACUCCAUGCGUGAGGGACGUGGGUGUCGGGGUAUUCGCAUCUCGUCGGACCCGGUGCAAGUCGACGCAUGGUGGAACGUGCGGAAGCUCGUGGGGAAAUGUCUCGUCAUGGCUAUGAAACAAGGGGAAGUAUUCAUGGCCUCUGAUGCGGCGGUGCCGAGGUCGAGGUUGGUGGAUAUCAUUGUUGAAACGCAAGAGGCUAUGGAGGAUGUGGGGUUUUUUUGCUCGACGUUGGGACAUAUCGGGGAUGGGAACAUCCAUGUGGCGAUCCUCUGUCCCGAAGAUCAGCGGGAAAGGGGGGAGAAGUUAAUCGAGGAUGUGCAGAGGAGAGCGUUGAGGUUGGAAGGUACGAUUACUGGAGAGCAUGGGAUCGGGACUAAGACAAGAGAUAUGCUGGUUGAAGAAGUGGGGAGUGUAGGUGUAGAUAUGAUGCGUAUUGUACGUAUACAAUCCAACCCCCCUUCUUCGUUGAGAUUACUGACAUGAAGGCGUUGUUUGAUCAAGUUUUCUCUGGAUCCGAGAGGGAUUCUGAAUCCU